AUGAUCUCUGCUGUGGUUCACCCUUCCAAGUUGUUUGCAAGCUCGUCACUUAACGUCCAGUUCGUCGUGCUGAGUCUAGUGUAUGUUGUAACCUGUUUCGUUCUUCUGGGGGUAUGCGCUUCGGACCAUUUGUGUCCCACGGUUUCGACGUUAAGUCGAGCCCACUCUUCCACAACAAGCACCCGCUCUCGCGGUGUGCUUGCAGCGGUGAUUUUGGCAUGGUGUAACUCUUCGCCAGACCUCAUUACCAACUUUAUGAGCUGGACAUCGUCAAACUCCGCUCCAGCACUGUCCGUUGGUGAAGUUUUGGGCUCUUGUGGGUUUAUUCUAUGCGUUGUCCAAGGCGCAUUGUUUAUAGUUAUGAGCCCUACGGGGACUCGACUUGAGCCCAGUCAGGCACUGCACUUGCAACAUGAUCUGGCAUUCGCGCUUGUAGCCGUAGCAGUGAUGCUUUACGUCAGUAUCCGCAACCAAGUAACACUUCUGAAUUGUUUGGCUAUGUUGGGAAUAUAUGUGGGUUACAUUGUGUCUAAAACCUGGGGUUCCACUGACGAUACCAACGAGUUGUCGUUGGAACUCUCUGGACUACAAGGUCCUGUGUCCAGCAGUAACAACGACAUGGAACCAACACUCAAAUUCAGUGUCCUUAGUGCUUUGGAUUACACUGCGUUGUACGAUGCGAUGCAGCAACCGAAAGGACAACCAUUGGCUACAGACCUUGACGCUAUAACAUUACAAACAUUGGAAACUCAAGACCAUGAUGCCCAAUACGUGCCUCCCAGGCCCUUGAGUGAGCCUCCUAAUACGUUGCCUCAGCAAAUGAAAGGUGCAAAUCCUAACAAAGUUCUGCCACACUCGUCGCCGUCCACAUUCGAGCGCUACCGGGAUAACGAGGACACAGCGCUGUUAAACGACGUCAACGACGCCAAUGAGGAUGGCUUUCCCAUUGCAUACAGCGAUACUUUCCGCAUGAGACUUCUGCGAUUGCAUGAAGGAAUACUUUACCUUUUCGCACCACAACUUUUAAACUUUAAUGGACAACCGGUAUAUUCGAAGAUCCUUGCCAUUGCAAUGGUGCCUUCCACGGUGAUCCUGCGCUUGACUUGUCCGCAAUUCGAUGGUUUGCUGCGAGACAGCACUAUCUCUGGUAAUCGAACCACACUCGAGUCCAAGACGUUCGUGCUGCUGCUGGCACACUCUGUGUGCGCUCCUGUGUGCAUCAUUCUACUUGUGAGUGUGUUGCUGGAUUCUCAGAUUACGUGGUGGUCGAUCUUGGUGUGCAUGGUCGUCACUUUUGGGUUACUGGCCUCCGCAAUUGCAUUCCGCUGGCAAGUAACGGAGGUCAACAGGUUUUCACUUCAUGACACUGAAGUGCAUGACAGCAGGGCAGCUUACAAACUUGGGACCCUAGAACAGUAUUAUCUGACAGUGCUCAACAGCCUAGGAAUCUUCAAUUGUGUGUUGUGGAUAGCAGUUUUCGCCAACGCACUAGUAGAGGUUAUGGUGAUUUACCAAAACCUCACCAACAUCUCCGAAGGUGUACUCGGUCUCACCAUCUUCUCAUGGGGCAACUCUGUCAGUGACCUUGUGUCGAACGUUGCAAUGUGCAAGUUUCAUCUCAAGGUGGGCUCGCAGUCGCGAGACGAACAAGCACAAUUAGCAUCCAGGUAUUUUUUCAUUGCAUUGAGCGCAUGUCUCGGUGGUAUUUUACUCAACAUCCUCAUCGGUGUAGGCUUGAGUGGCUUCAUUUCGAUGCUGGUAAAUGCCAAUGGUAACAGUGUUGACUCUACUAAAUUUUGGCUGUAUCGGUCAGUUUCGUUACAAGGCCAGGCCCCUGACUACAAAUUCAUUGUUUCUUCGGCGUUUAUCCUGGCACAAAAUGUCGUGCUAUUGAUAGCAUUUUCCGGCCUCGAGGUGGUUUCCCAGUGGGUGACACAAUAUUCGCAUUGUGUUGGAAUAAUUUUCUGUUCGUGGUGGGGACUCGCGACGCUGAUAAACGUUAUUAUUGAAACAACAACCAAUUCUUCUAGUGCCAGUUGA